AUGCAGCUUCUCUCCCUCGUCAGCCUUCUCGGCGCCGCUGCCCUCGGUGCGUGCCAGACGAGCGGCGCCAACGGGACCGCCGUCACGGGCAAGCUGGGCGACGCGAGGCAGGUCAGGAACAAUCCCGUCAUCGGCGAGGUGUGGGUGGCCACCUUCAACUCGAGCACAGUCAAGGGCACCGUCACAGCCAUCGCCAACACGGUCGGCGUCAACUACACCAUUGACGUGACAGGCUUGCCCGCGGAGAAGGGGCCUUACAAGUACCACGUGCACCUGAAAGCCGUGCCAGCUGACGGCAACUGCGCCGACACGGGCGGCCACCUCGACUCGUACGUGCGUGGCGACUCGCCGCCCUGCGACGCCUCGGCCCCGCAGACGUGCGAGGUUGGCGAUCUGUCGGGCAAGUACGGAACCGUGGCCGGCCCGACGGUGCUCAAGAGCUUCAACGACCCGUACACGGCGCUCAACAUCAUCAUGCUGGGCUACAUUGGCGACCGGGGAAUUGUGUUCCACGACGCCAGCUCGGCACGUAUCGCCUGCGCGACCCUGGUCAAGUCGCCAAACCAGCCCAAGCCCCAGUGA